CGAAAGAGUGAAGAAAUGACUGGUGCUGUUGUGCAAUAUAUGGCAAGUUGACAGUGAAACCAGAGCAACUAGCAGAAAUCCGUCACACAGAGCCAACAAACUGAGGGAAAAAAAAACUCCCAGUUUGGAUUAACAGAGUCUCCUAUUUUUCAGAAAAUACUUAACAAAAAAAGCUGAAUUUUUUUUUUUUUGGGGUGGGGGACUGAAGGUACUGCGCAGUUUAAUCGCACAGCAUUUCUCUGAGCACAUUUGUUUCACACUGCAGCAGUGUUGUAGGCAGAGGAACGUGCCUCGAUAAAUCAACCAGCAGGGACAAAUUUAAUUUCAUGGAGAAAUAUUGCUGCUUGGGAGAGAAGAUACCAAAGCCUUUAGGGACCAGAGGAGGUGCAGCAUAAAGAGGGACAAAGUGAGAGAGUUAACAAGGACACUGCAGACAUGGAGGAGGGAGAAAACUACAGCAGCCUACAGGAGUUCAACGAGGAGCCAACACCUGGAGGGAAUAGGCCCAUACUCGAACACAGCGACGGCUCCCAGGGACGGAAGCGGGGCAUUGAGUGUUUGAGGAGUCAGACGGCUCUCCUGAUGCUUAUUGGCUUUUUGGCCUCCAUCUGUGCCAACAUCGUACUCACUGUGCUCUUGAUUGGCAGGCCACAGCCAGGUGCCUCCGUGGACUCGUCAUCUCCAGGUCAGAAACUGAACUCGGUGCACAGACGUUACAUCCAGCUGUGUAAAGACUACACCGCCCUGGGACUGAGCUGUUCAAAGACAGUUAAGCAGUGCAGCGAGUGUCCUGAAGGAUGGCUUCAUGUCGGGGAUCAGUGUUACUAUUUCAGCAGCGACAAGCUGGACUGGCUGAAGAGCAGAGACAGUUGUGCAGAGAUGGGAGGCCACCUCACCAUACUACACACCGUGGAACAGCAUGAAACUCUGGAGAAAGAAGCCAGGAGAAUCGGUGGAUUUGAUUACCACUUCUGGAUCGGCCUGUCUGAUAUAGAGCUCGAAGGAGACUGGAGAUGGGUGGACAACACAACACUGCAACACAAAUAUUGGGAUCAGUGGAGCUCAGAGCCAGAUAACCACCAGUCAGGAGGGGAACACGGAGAGGACUGUGCCACCUUGGAUAGCCACUCAAAGACAUGGUUUGAUGUUCCUUGUGAUCACAUUUAUAAACGAAUCUGCCAGAUGGAUGCCAUUCAACUCAACUGAAUCCUUACACAACUGACAAUAUUACACAAGUUGAAAGUCUGGAAAACUACACAGGGUUGUGAAAGAAAAACCUAAAAGUAAUUGCUACAUAUUUGGGAUUACAGAAAAUAAAACUCAUGUUUACAGACCAAAAAAUUACUUUUUGUGACAUCCCGCAUAUGCACAGGAGACAUUGUUUUUUUUCCUUGAAGUUAUAGUUGCUGAAAAUCUGCACAUUGUGUUGAGAUAUACCACUUGGAGGAAAUAGGGAGGGGGUCUCAUAAUGGUAGCCUACUAUUGUAUUUCUGUUUUAAAAUAAAUUCAAAAGGAAAAAACAUAAGAGAAUGCACAGGCAUUGCACAGAUUUUUGACAAGGAUACCAAUAUUAAAAAAAAAAAAAUAGACUUUGACAGAACC